CCUUCCUUUUAAGUAAUGUAAGCAACAGCUGCCUGCCUGCCUUAGUGCCUUCCUUCAUCUCGUUGUUUUCUUUGCCGUGUCCUGUCUCCUUCCUCGGUUGUUCAGAAAUUGGUGGAUUGGUUGCUCCCCGUCCCCGGGCGGAAAGGGACGAGAGGUGAGGAAGUGAGGAAAAGAGGGAAGAGAGUGAUUAGGAGGAGAAGCCAUUGGUCGAUCGGUCGGUCGGAGUCCUUCCAUUGCAGGCAUGGGAAGGCUUAUCUCUUCAGUAAGAUGUUGCAGCUUGCAAAUGAUAACAGGUGCAUAUAGAUGGGAUUUGGGUUUACAAAUGUGCCAGGAUGAAAUGGUGACAAAUAGAGUGAAUGUGACGGUUGGACUGAAAGAGGAGCGCAUGAUGAUGACGGGGUUGCACACUGUCUCAGACAUAUUUUGCGUUGGUUGUGGAUCCAUUGUGGGAUGGAAAUAUGAGGCUGCCCAUGAGAAGAGCCAGAAGUACAAGGAAGGAAAAUUUAUCCUUGAGAGGUUUAAAGUUUCCGGCCCUGAUGGAAGUCACUAUUGGGUCAGUCAUGAUCCUCAUGUAGGUGGAAGUGAUGCUGAUGAUGCAUGAUCUACCCGCUGCUUAAACAAGGGAUCAAUUCCCACAAUUGUAAAUAAAUUCCCAUCAUUGACUUUCUGAAGUGGAUUGUGAUAAUUGUUGCUUUGUGCACAUUCUUGGCAGUUAAGUACAUACCAUUCUAAAUAAUGUUGUUCUCUUGCCUUCUCACA